AUGGCAGUCAGGCCUCUCCUAACCGUUCUCAAGACAAUCACAACCACUGCUCUCCGUGCACCCUCACAUCCGCCUAUCUCUCUAAGCCGUGCCAGCUACUCAUCAGCUGCACCUCGCCACGCGCCCGCUCAUCAUCAACCUCAACCUCAGUCUCAUCCAGUUCAGCCACCACCCACCGCCGCCGAAGUCGUGACAUCCAUCCACGGCGAAGCUGACCGCAACGAAGCUGCCGAGAUAGAAGCCCUCUUCCGUCCCCCGCCUGAAGCUCUCGACAGCACCAAAUCCGCUUUCCUCGGCGAAGCCGACAGCAACGACUUCGUCGAGGCCGAGGAUGCCGUUAAUCCGCGGAAGCUGGAAGCCCUCGACGCGAGCGCCAGCGCGUAUCUAGGCGAAGCGGACAGCAACGAUGCCGUGGAGGGCGACCGUGUGAUCAAUCCUAGGGACCCAGAGCCGGUGGAUCCCACCGUUUCGGCAUUUCAUGGCGAGAGUGGGGAGCAGGAUGCAUACGAAAAACCUUAA